CACCAUAACACUCAUGCACGAUGUCCGCCGACUCACAAUCACUUCUACUUGGCCAGGACCUGUUGCAUCACAUACUUGCAUAUAACGCAGGCGAUAAGCAGACCCUCAUACACUGCUCUCUCGUCUCUCGCUCAUGGGCGGAAUGUUGCCGGCCCCUUCUAUUCCAACAUAUCAAUCUCAUUCUAGUCCAAGAUGCGGCCCCAUGCACACGACUUCUCCAAUCCAUGAGGAAUACUCCUCGCCCAUUUCUACUAACUAAAACUCUGGCCAUCUCUACCCCAAUGCCCAGUCAUCAAGUCGAUCUUCCUGCUAUCACAUUGCCUAUUCUCGGACCUAUCCUUGGCCAUCUUCCGAACCUAUCAUCUUUAAUCCUUCAAAAUAUCGCCCUUCAAUGGGACCCUUCUAUUCUUGCUCAGCCAUACUAUCCCUCCUUCACCCUCUACGCUCUGAUUCUCAAUAACGUAUCUACGAAUGUGAUCUGCCUAUCCGACCUAUUCAGUCUUUUUUCUGAAAUUCAGAACCUCGCUCUGAAUAUUCGAGGUGAUUUGGAGCCUGUGGCUCUUCAUCCGCCCAACCAUCCACUGCUCGUGCAGUCGUUAUCGCUUCGAGUACGCGAUACCGAAUCCGACGUCGAAGCCAUACAUGCACUCGUCCAAAGUUCACUUGACGUGACCACCAUCGCACGAUAUAGCUGCAAAGUCACUUUGGGCUUCGAGACGGUAAUAUUGUUCCUUAAUUCGCCAAAUUUGGAGGCGUUGACUUCGUUGUGUUUGGACUUGACGGGUAUGAAUAUUGACGAUGUUGCCUCCCUUCCUUGGUUCAAGCUCAAUGUUCUAGGACGACCCAGUCUAAAAUCAUUCCAUCUCAUCCUCCUGUACAAUUUCACCGAAUCAUGGCACUCCGUCCCUGAUUCCCUUCAGUCCCUCCCAGGAACCUUUAUUACCGAUAUCGCCCUGCAUGUGGUUGGCUCUGCCUCGCAAAUGGGAUUCUUGACUUGGGAUAGCGUCGAUCACGCGUUGGGGAGCUAUCCUCGACUGCGAACGAUAACCAUCAUCCUUGACUUGAUCGAUCGGAUGACUCUGGACGAUGAAAAUACAUUUGAGCAGGUGAAGUCGAAGAUUGAGAGGCAAUGGGUUGUGAAAAGGGACUCGCUUAGGGUAUUGAGGUUGGAAGAGUGGCAACGCGAACGCGGUUACGAGGUAUAGGCCAUCGUUUGGUGGUACUUUCAAUUUAUACCUUCAUCGUUGUCUCCGAGCUUUCCUCGCUCGUCUUGUUUGCUAUCCAACCCAUUUCGUGCCGCCCCACAUCUUGGCUACCCCGCUGAACUUUGCCCACCUUCCCUGAUAGAGGACAACACGAAACGUCAUGAAACACACCCUUUUUCUCUUCAUAACCAGCACAUACGAUCUUCCAGGCAAGAUUAUGGU